UAAGAACCGGAAGCUCCCUGUCGUCGCAGUCAUUUCCUGUGGCAGGUGACAGCCAUCUUUGCGGUGCAAUAUACCGGGACGGGGGUGUCUAAGCUGUGUGCAAUAAAGAUCCAGGCCAUCCGCGGACACCGAGCUCUAGGACCGGACACCGCGUGUUCCGUACAGCACAGUGUGAAUUCCCGCAGCAAAGAUGACGGACUCUAAGUAUUUCACCACCACCAAGAAAGGUGAGAUCUUUGAGCUCAAAGCGGAGCUAAACAGCGAGAAGAAGGAGAAGAAAAAAGAAGCUGUUAAGAAGGUCAUUGCUUCCAUGACAGUAGGGAAGGAUGUCAGUGCCUUGUUCCCAGAUGUGGUGAAUUGCAUGCAGACAGAUAAUCUGGAGUUGAAGAAGCUUGUAUAUCUGUACCUGAUGAACUAUGCCAAGAGCCAACCUGACAUGGCCAUUAUGGCCGUCAAUACCUUUGUUAAGGACUGUGAGGACCCUAACCCACUCAUCCGUGCACUAGCUGUACGUACCAUGGGCUGUAUCCGAGUGGACAAAAUCACAGAGUAUUUAUGUGAGCCACUGCGGAAGUGCCUGAAAGACGAAGACCCAUACGUGCGUAAGACCGCUGCCGUUUGUGUGGCCAAACUACAUGACAUCAAUGCGCAGCUAGUGGAAGACCAGGGAUUUCUUGACACCCUGAAGGAUCUCAUCUCUGACUCUAACCCAAUGGUUGUAGCUAAUGCAGUGGCUGCCCUGUCAGAGAUUGCAGAGUCUCAUCCAAGCAGUAAUCUGCUGGAUUUGAAUCCUCAAUCCAUUAACAAACUGCUCACUGCCCUGAACGAAUGCACUGAAUGGGGUCAGAUCUUCAUCUUGGACUGCCUUGCGAACUACAUACCGAAGGAUGAUCGUGAAGCUCAGAGCAUUUGUGAACGAGUGACACCUCGGCUCUCUCAUGCGAAUUCAGCCGUGGUCCUGUCUGCGGUAAAGGUUUUGAUGAAGUUCAUGGAACUCCUUUCCAAGGACUUGGACUAUUACGGGACGCUCCUAAAAAAGUUGGCCCCUCCUCUGGUUACCCUUCUCUCUGCAGAACCCGAGUUGCAAUACGUUGCACUGCGCAACAUCAACUUGAUUGUGCAGAAACGACCAGAGAUCCUGAAACACGAGAUGAAGGUUUUCUUUGUGAAAUAUAACGACCCGAUCUAUGUGAAACUAGAGAAGCUAGACAUUAUGAUCCGCCUAGCCUCGCCUGCAAAUAUUGCACAGGUUCUAGCAGAGCUGAAGGAAUAUGCCACAGAGGUGGAUGUGGACUUUGUUAGAAAAGCUGUGAGAGCAAUUGGACGAUGUGCCAUUAAAGUAGAGCAAUCUGCAGAGCGUUGUGUCAGCACCCUGCUGGAUCUCAUCCAGACAAAAGUGAAUUACGUGGUACAAGAAGCCAUUGUUGUGAUAAAGGACAUUUUCAGAAAGUACCCUAACAAGUACGAGAGUGUUAUCUCAACAUUGUGCGAGAAUCUUGACUCACUGGACGAGCCAGAGGCAAGGGCUGCCAUGAUAUGGAUAGUGGGGGAGUAUGCGGAGCGCAUCGAUAAUGCUGAUGAACUGCUGGAGAGCUUCCUGGAGGGGUUCCAUGACGAGAGCACACAGGUGCAGCUACAACUUCUAACAGCCAUUGUGAAGCUCUUCUUAAAGAAACCAACCGAGACCCAGGAGCUGGUUCAGCAAGUGCUAAGCUUGGCAACUCAGGAUUCAGAUAAUCCAGAUCUUCGGGAUCGUGGCUACAUAUAUUGGCGACUGCUCUCUACAGACCCAGUUGCUGCCAAGGAAGUAGUACUGGCAGAGAAACCUCUGAUCUCCGAGGAGACUGACCUCAUUGAACCCACUCUUCUGGAGGAGCUAAUCUGUUACAUUGGGACUCUAGCCUCCGUCUACCACAAGCCUCCUACUGCCUUUGUGGAAGGCAGUAGAGGAGUUGUACCCAAGAGAUUGCCGCCACGUGCAGGCUCGAGUGAGAGUGCGGAGAGCCCGGAAGCUGCACCUGCAGGAGCUCCACAGUCCGAAACUCACCCUUCAGUCAUCCCAUCACAAGGCGAUCUGCUGGGUGAUCUCCUCAACCUGGAUCUGGCCCCACCCAUCAGUGGACCCCCUCUAACCACCAACUCUGUACCUCUUGGUGGUGUGGACCUCCUGGGUGGAGGCCUGGACAGCCUGCUGGGAGGAGACACCAGUGUGAGUUUGGCUAAUCCAUCUGGUUUCGCGGCUCCUCCGGUGGCUCCCAAUACCCUUGGCUCCUCACUCGCUGGAGGCCUUGGCGAUCUCUUUGAUUUGGGCAGUGGAACUGGUAUAGUCACUGGAUCUUAUGUGGCUCCAAAAACUGUAUGGCUGCAUGCCAUGAAAGGGAAAGGCCUGGAAAUAAGCGGCACGUUCGCUCGGAGAUCUGGAGCUACAUUCAUGGACCUGCAUUUCACUAAUCGGGCCCUUCAAGUCAUGAGUGACUUUGCCAUCCAGUUCAAUCGAAACAGUUUUGGGCUUGCACCUGCUGCUCCACUCCAGAUACCCACACCAUUGGCCCCCAACCAGUCCACAGAAGUCUCCCUCCCGCUAAACACUAUUGGAUCCGUCAUGAAAAUGGAGCCUCUCAAUAACUUGCAGGUUGCUGUGAAAAACAAUAUUGAUGUUUUUUACUUCAGUGUUGUGUAUCCACUGCACAUCCUGUUUGUUGAGGAUGGAAAGAUGGAGCGACAGAUGUUUUUGGCCACCUGGAAGGAUAUUCCUAAUGAAAAUGAAGCACAGUUCCAGAUUAGGGACUGCCCCCCAAGUGCUGAUGCUGUCAGUAACAAGCUUCAAGCCAGUAACAUCUUCACAGUGGCCCGGCGCACAGUGGAAGGACAGGACAUGCUGUACCAGUCUCUAAAGCUCACCAAUGGCAUCUGGGUGUUGGCAGAGCUGAGGAUGCAACCUGGAAGUCCUAGCUGCACUCUCUCUUUACGAUGCCGAGCACCUGAAGUCUCCCAGUUCAUCUUCCAAGCCUAUGAGAUGGUACUGAAGAUGUAAGUCUUCCUUUGCUCCACCCGACCUCCUGUGGUUCGGCAGAGGCACCAUCCUUCUGAUGCAGAGGUUGGACGUGGAGGAAGAAGGCCGUUUUGUGCAUGUCUGUGCUCCUUUUCUGAUUAGGAAAACCAAACAUGGACCAAAUAUUGAAAAGUGUUGAUUUUAUGCUCAUAUUCCAAAACCUACCAUAUGUAACACCUUUACUGGCACUCUUGAUAGCAAAGUGGUUACAUGAUUUACUACUCUGGAUUUGUCUGCUAGAUGCUUAAUUGUCUCAUAAGGGUUAGGUUCUGUGUACUGCAAAACAUGUGGACCUUGGAUUAAAAACGUGUAAAUAUAUAAAACCAAAACAAGAAAACCUCUUUUAUAUUGGCUUGUUUGACCGUAAUUUUGUAAAUGAAGAUAUUGUUACGUAAGGGGUUCUGUUUGAUUGAAAGGCUGUAGAUUUGUAGAACAAGCAAAUUGCAGCACUCCUUUUAAUAUAUUAAAACACACACAUUUUAUUGUGAUCCAACAGUGGCAAAAAAAGGCGUUUGCAAGGAAAUAGGGCUUUAUAGCAUUUUAAAAUGAUUUCGUAAUAUCAUUAAGUAGUGUUUUCACAACCCCCUUUACAAUGAGAUUUUUUGUUCUUUACGCUGUUCAACUUAUUGUUGGAUGUCGGUAAAAACAGUAAGGGUUUUUCACAAGGUGCUUAAUGUAAAAAAAGAAAAGUAUGGCAGGUGAGUGUAAUGGUAUACAUUGUUACAUAAAAAAUUUCUUCACAUCCACAGGAGAAACCAACGCGUUUAGUUCCUUAACCCGGUUAAAUAUCUUAACCCCCGACACAAUAAUUGCCGUUGGUCAGCAUAUCCAAUUCCAGCAAAUGAAUAAAUAUGCAUCACGUUAAAGUCAUUUCUAGGUACACUGAGUGAAAUUAAGUCAUUUUGGGUACACAUUGUGAAAAAUUAGAAAUCAGGACAACUUUCUUUUCAUCCUAUUAUCUCUCUGAGCCAUGAAUAAUAUAGAAUAUAUAAAGAAAUAUUAUUGUCUCCUGUUCUGUACAUUGAUGACAUUGAAUAAAUGUGACUUUGUAGUUUAAGUGCUGAAACUGAAAUUUUGUUAUGGGGUGUCUCAAAGUUGAAGCUCACGUUUUGUAGCUGUACUGUCGUCCUAAAGCUUUCUGAUGCUAUGAGGGGAUUUAACAAAAUUUGCGUAAUAUUCCAUCAUGGAAAUUUCAGUAAUUACCACCUGUGGGGAUUGUAUACUAAACCAAUUGAGGUUGGACCUUAAUAUAUAGUGAUACUCUUGGGUUGUAAUUAUUUAAUCUGGCUACAAUUCACUUGGAACUUUGUGAUUGGGUUUCUGAGCCCAUGCACUAGUUCUUACGUGUCAUGGAAAUGAUUUCAAUUAAUUAAUAUUUUUUUUGAUUUUGUAUGGGCUUGUCUGCUAUACAAUAAGACUUAUUAGUCAGUCUGAUAGACAGCUAUAUCUCCCUUUGUGUGUCAUCCCCUUUUUAUCAAGAGUUUAUAAACGAAGUUUGGAUGAACUAGUGUGUUCAGUUUCAUGCUUUGCAUUACGCCACAUUAAUCUCCCCCGACUUGCUGUUACACCCAUAUUUAUAUUAUGCAGUCUUUAUAUGUUAGCCCAAUAAAAGGCUUCACCUAA